AGUUGUUUGGACCCGCGGCCUUUUAAAAAUGGCGGUCAGUCGAUGGCAAAGUGGUGAUGGUGGAAUCAGGCAUGGGUGUGUCGGAUGGAAGGUCGACGAGUACUGAACUAGGUCACAGGGCAGUUUCAGCAUUCGAAUCUUAUAUGAAGAGUCAUGGGCAAAUGGGUUUCCCACCUGCAAAACAGCUCUAGACAGGUGUCAACAAACCGUACCGGUACGUGGAUGGAAGGACCAAGGAGCUUGUGUUGGAAGCUCCUUGGAAGGACUAACGUAGGAGUAGUGACAUCCCAGCAUUACCGGAUGACCGCGGCAUGACCGUUAAAGGCGGAAAAUCGUCAAAAAGAACUUCAACAAGAUUUCUUCUGAUUCAUUUCCAGCUAACAGCUCGAAAAUAGAAAUAUAUUCAUCGCCAUUGGAACCUAUCGAUACGGACACGUUUGAGUCAUGUGGGUUCUUAGAGCGAUUGAUCAUACAUAAUAGUGACAUAACCAAGAUUCCACCAGUAACUGCCUGCACUGAACUGAUAGAGGGAGACUUUUCAAGAAAUCACCUUGUGUACACUCCAACAGAACCAUUUGCAGCUUUCCCUCCGAGUCUGAAAAAACUAAACCUAAAUAGCAAUUUUCUGACCAGCUUACCGAGGAAGUUUUUCUGGGGAACAUCGAUUGAACUUUUGAGUCUCAGUAACAACAGCUUUAGGUCUAUACCAGGCGAUGCACUGGAGAAUAUGGUUGAACUGGUUUACAUUGGACUUGAUAUGAAUCGGAUCGAGGCGGUCUCUAAACGAAGUUGUAAAAUACUUGCCCAGAGUCAUGUGAGAUUCUUAAACCUGAGUAACAAUCGAAUCAGAAGCAUUGCUCAAAACUCGCUGUCACAACUCAAACAUCUACAGAUAUUAGAGAUCCACCAUAAUGACCUGUUCAAGGUUGGGCCACACAUAUUUCAUCACAUAUCCAAUCUAAUACACCUGGAUUUGAACACCAAUAAACUGAGUGUUGUCUUACCAAGGACGUUUACUGAUCUACCAAAUCUUCUCACGCUACGUCUUCACUCACAAAAGGCUGGAUUCGAUCUGACGUCGAUUUCAUAUUCCGCUUUCCAUAAUGCCGGACAGAAGAUGAGAACCUUGUUCCUGAGUGAUAAUGGAUUACGAGCUGUUCCACACGGGAUAUUCAAUUAUGACAAUUUCGAAAACUUGGAAACCCUAUUUCUGGAGUGGAAUGAGAUAACUAACGCAUCAGAAAUAUCGCGGAACGAUUUCCCAGGACAGAGUGACGCCCUCUAUGAUACGCUUGUGAAAAAUUAUAAACCUUUCUACGGUCUUGGCAAUCUCGAAACCCUGUCUCUUGCAAACAAUCUGAUUGAUGGAAUCAGUAAUGACACAUUUUGCGAAGCUCCUAAUCUUGUACAUAUUGAUUUAGUUUAUAAUGAUCUGGACGACGAAUUGAUCGACAUUGACGCCUUCAGAUGCCUAUUUUCAGCAACUAAUGUGAUAUUAGGAUAUAACAAUAUUAAGUUGGUACCGCAGGCCUUUCUGGCGGGACACCUACAAAGCCUGGAAUCAGUGCAAUUGAUAGGGAAUAAACUAGUGUAUCUGAAAAGCGGGGCAUUCACAUCACUGGAUACUGUCAAGGAGUUUCAUCUCUCAGAGAAUGACAUCAUAACAAUUGAAAACAACGUGUUUCCACCAUCCACAGAGACCAUCUAUUUGAAUGACAAUAGGUUUGAGUUCACGCAUGAGGGCGCUUUUCAGAAUCUGUCAUCGUUAGGAGCGAUAUAUUUGAAGUACAUGAGAAUGAAGCACAUACCUGGUAGUGCGUUCUUUGGGGAUUUCAACCUUCAGUCAAUCCAACUCUUUGGAAAUGAUAUAGAGUACUUACCAAAGGACAUAUUCAGAGACACAAUCUUGAGCUAUACCGACAUGGGCUAUAAUGAUCUCACCUAUAUCGAACCAGGGACAUUUUCAAAACAUUAUUAUUGGACCAUCUACGUGUACAACAAUCGAUUGAUAGAGCUCCCAUUUCCAGACCUGCAACAAACCAAGAUGGACUAUGGCCUCUUUAAAGGAAGCAGAAUCGGUAUUAUCAGGUCUUGGACUUUUCUGAACUCUGCUGGAAAAAGUUUUGGUUUGAGCGGGAACCGUAUCAGCCGCAUUGAGAAGAAUGCCUUUCAUGGAGCCAAUUUUAGGUAUAUUGACCUUAAAAAUAACCCAAUAGUUCAAAUAGACUCCUUCGCCUUUACCUCGAUUACAGCACAUACCUUAGACUUUGAAAACGUUCAGGGAACUCAUAUUUCUUCGAAGGCAUUUAACAACAUUAAUGCAAUGAUUAGAUGGUCUUGGGUAAAUGGGCGGAUCGAGUUACUUGAAGACCAAGCAUUCCAUGAUAUUUCUUUUCAGAGUCAAUUACCAAAUGCCGACAUGGAUUUCAUUAAUUGCAAAAUAGUGGAAGUAGAAGGAAGGAUAAUUAGUGGAAACUCGAAGUUCAUAAAAUUGUAA